AUGAUCGAGAGACUGUAUAAAGACAUGAAGAAAAGAUAUGGAAGAGAGCACAUUGAUACACUUUCUCUUAUGAAGGCUCUGGCCGAUGCAUACCUACAAAAGGGCCGAUUCCAGGAAGCCGAAGCAUUGCAUCUCAAGGUGCUUCGGAUCGGAAAAAGAAAAUUCGGUCACGAUAAUCUUUCUGUUGCUGAAAGUGUGGAGGGGUUAGCAGGGACCUAUCGUCAUUCACGCUAUCAAGAAGCCGUCGCCCUUGCGAUGAAUGUCAUUGAGAUUUUCAAGAAACAACUUGGCCCGGAGGAUCCAGACACUCUUGCUACCGCAAGGCGCAUGGUGGAUCACUUCCCUGAUUCUCGUCUAUUAGAAGUAGCCAAGUCUCUCGGAAUGAGGCAUUUGAGGUUUGCAAAAAGACCCUAG